CAGAACAAAGAUAAGGCAUCGCUGACACCACACCGGGGACAAGCUCACAGGAAAGUCAGACCGGGGGGACCAAGGCCAGGCAGCUAGGAGCACCCAAGGCUGGAAAAUGAGGUGGCUCCUUCUCUGUCACACUCUGUGCCUCUCCUUGUUGAAAGCUUCGGCCCACACCGUGGAACUUAACAAUAUGUUUGGUCAGAUCCAGUCACCUGGCUAUCCAGACUCCUAUCCGAGUGAUUCAGAGGUGACUUGGAAUAUCACUGUCCCAGAGGGAUUUCGGAUCAAGCUUUACUUCAUGCACUUCAACUUGGAGUCCUCCUACCUUUGUGAAUAUGACUAUGUGAAGGUAGAAACCGAAGAGCAGGUGCUGGCAACCUUCUGUGGCAGGGAGACCACAGACACAGAGCAGACCCCUGGCCAGGAAGUAGUGUUCUCCCCGGGCUCCUUCAUGUCCAUCACUUUCCGGUCAGAUUUCUCCAAUGAGGAGCGAUUCACAGGUUUUGAUGCCCACUACAUGGCUGUAGAUGUAGACGAGUGCACUGAGCGGGAGGACGAGGAGCUGUCCUGCGACCACUACUGCCAUAACUACAUCGGCGGCUACUACUGCUCCUGCCGCUUUGGCUACCUCCUCCACACGGACAACAGGACCUGCCGAGUGGAGUGCAGUGAUAACCUCUUUACCCAGAGGACCGGCGUGAUCACCAGCCCCGACUUCCCCAACCCUUAUCCUAAGAGCUCGGAAUGUUUCUACACGAUAGAGCUAGAGGAGGGUUUCAUGGUCAGCCUCCAGUUUGAGGACAUUUUCGACAUUGAGGAUCACCCUGAGGUGCCCUGCCCCUAUGACUACAUCAAGAUUAAAGCUGACCCAAAAGUUUGGGGGCCCUUCUGUGGAGAGAGAGCCCCAGAACCCAUCAAUACCCAGAGCCACAGUGUCCAGAUCCUGUUCCGCAGCGACAACUCUGGUGAGAACCAGGGCUGGAGGCUCUCGUACAGGGCAACAGGGAAUGAGUGCCCAGACCUACAACCUCCUGUCCACGGGAAAAUCGAGCCCUUGCAAGCCAAGUAUUCCUUCAAAGAUCAGGUGCUCAUCAGCUGUGACACAGGCUACAAAGUGCUAAAGGAUAAUGUGGAGAUGGACACAUUCCAGAUCGAGUGUCUGAAGGAUGGGACAUGGAGUAACAAGAUUCCCACAUGUAAAAUUGCAGACUGUGGAGCCCCAGCAGAGCUGAAACAUGGGCAAAUCAGCUUCUCCACCAGGAACAAACUUACCACAUACAAAUCUGAGAUCCGAUACUCCUGCCAGCAGCCCUACUACAAGAUGCUCCACAAUAUCACAGGUAUAUAUACCUGUUCUGCCCAAGGAGUCUGGAUGAAUGAAGUACUGGGGAGAAGCCAGCCCACAUGUCUACCAGUGUGUGGGCUCCCCAAGUUCUCCCGGAAGCUGAUGGCCAGGAUUUUCAAUGGACGCCCAGCCCAGAAGGGCACCACCCCCUGGAUUGCCAUGCUGUCACACUGGAGUGAGCAGCCCUUCUGUGGGGGCUCCCUUCUAGGCUCCAGCUGGAUUGUGACUGCGGCUCACUGCCUCCACCAGUUACUCAAUCCAGAAUACCCAGCCCUACAGGACUCAGACCUGAUCAGACCUUCUGACUUCAAAAUCAUCCUGGGUAAGCAUUGGAGGCGCCGGUCAGAUGAGAAUGAACAGCAUCUCAGAGUCAAACGCUUCUUCCUCCAUCCCCUGUAUGACCCCAACACAUUUGAGAAUGACGUGGCUCUGGUGGAGCUGUUGGAGAGCCCGGUGCUGAACGACUAUGUGAUGCCCAUCUGUCUGCCCGAGGGGCCCCCACAGGAAGGUGCCAUGGUCAUCGUCAGUGGCUGGGGGAAACAGUUCUUGCAAAGGUUCCCAGAGACACUGAUGGAGAUUGAAAUCCCAAUUGUUGACCACCGCACAUGCCAAGAGGCCUAUGCCCCUCUGAAGAAGAAAGUGACCAGGGACAUGAUCUGUGCUGGGGAGAAGGAAGGGGGAAAGGACGCUUGCUCAGGUGACUCCGGAGGCCCCAUGGUGACCCUGGAUAAAGCGACAGGCCAGUGGUACCUGGUGGGCACGGUGUCCUGGGGCGACGACUGUGGAAAGAAAGACCGCUAUGGAGUGUAUUCCUACAUCUACUACAACACAGACUGGAUCCAGAGGGUCACCAGGAUAAGGAAUUGAAUUCUGUUCCUCACCCCCAACCACCUGCCCUGGGUCACUCAGCAGCACAGGAUAAUUAUCUGAUGCAAGAUGGCCACCCCUCGCCUUUCACCCAUUUCGUUCAGCCCACCCAUUACUGGCCAAUAAAGAGGUAUCUCAGCCCCCUCUCCACACUCUGUAAAGGAGUAGAGUAGCUGAGUGAUCAGAAUACAAGGCUGAAGCCAGGCCCUAUCACUUACUGACAUUGCAUCAUUGGGCAGGUGGCUUUACCUCUGAAUGGCUGUUUCUUUGUCCAUAUUAUAAAAAUGGCAUACCUUACCUACCUCAGAAGAGUCUGAUGAAGAUAAAAUUAAUUAAUAUAUACGUAGCACUUAGCACAGUGCAGACAUAAGUCCUCAAUAAACAUGACUUAGCAAAAGUCAUUGUGUUUACCAGGCAAAUGAAGUUCUCCCACAAAUCCCGUCGGGUCUUAGGGCUGCUCAGUGUGUACCCUUCCCCUCAACCUUGACCAUCUCCUUCAUCUGCCUGAAAAUGUUCCAUGAUUCUUUGCUACCAUGUACUUUUCUCAGUCCCAAUCCAUGUUCCCUAUUAAAAAAAGAAAAAGUGACAAGUUUCUAAGUCCAAUAGCAUGUCCCAUAGCAAUGCGCUUGUGAAUGUGAGCUGGACACGAAACUGAGAGAGUGCCCGAGAGAAGCAGGACAGGAGGAGGGGGACAGACCAGGAGCAGUGGACUGGGAAGUCAGAUGCCAGGUUUUACAAAUAGCUCUUCCCCCAGCUCCUGUGUGGCUCUAUGCCAGUCCCUUCCCCUCAUCUGAAAGGACCCUCCCAGCUCUGACAGUCUAGGAUCCAACAAAGACAUGUUUCUCUAAUGAGAUGAGUUGAAGCUGAAGUAACCAAAAGGCAAAAAUUACUUUAAGGUUCAACAGAGCUUUGAUGCAGACCCAAUACUGCAUCCACUGCUCUCCCCAUCCCCACCCCGUCUACCAUGCCCUGGUUUCCAAGAAUGUCACCUAGCAAAGUGCUAGCCAAGGGAACUUUCCACAUUCCAAAGCAGAGCAUCUGCUCCUACCCUUCCUGGGAACCUGAGCUGCACAAGGUCAGCCCUGGUAGGCUAGACUCAGACCCCUGAACUCUUCCUUCUUAUGUCCCCAGCUAACCCCAAGCAGCAGUGCCACUGAUUUCACACCCUGUCCCUCACCCUGAAUGCCCUGGCACUGCAAGAUCACAAGUGUUUCCCAGGCAGAAUGCCUCUCCCCUCCAAGAACCACCUCCUCUCUGGGGAGACCUCAUCCCCUCCAGAGCUCUGAGAUUUAAGCUCUUCAAGGGUCAGAAGCCCCAGGUUCCUGUCUUCUAUUUUAUCAAAAUUGGUCUUCGUGGGAGAUUCUAGUUCUUAACCUGCACUGCGGUUGGCGGACUCAGUCAGAACCUCUUGUUGGAAGAUGAAGAUACCGAGGGGUGAGAACUCACAGAAACUAAGCACUAGGCUGAGUGCUCAGGGACAGCAAUUCACAGCCUGCUGCUGGUUCCAUGAGCAAGUCAUUCUACCUCUCUGGGCCUUGCGGUCCAUGCUGUAAAGGGAAGAUGGCAAUGGGUACCCAACUUCAUCAGAUAUAUGUCAGACGAGCUGGAGCUCUAUCUCAGACACCAAAGAAUUGCAAUGCAAAGUUUUGGAGUUGCUGUAAGACAUUCCAAAACCCCAUACCUUCCUGCCUCACAGCACUGCCCAGGUGUCCCCAUGUGCUAGGCUGUGCCGACGGGGCUAUGGAGAAUACCAAGUUGAGGGAAGCAUGGUUCAUGCCUUCCAGGAGCUCCUACAGGUGGAACUGACACAUCCACAAGUGACUACCAUGAACAGAAGGAACCUAGCCAAGUGCUAUGUUUGGGAGCAGCAUGGAAGCAAAAGAAUAGCCACUCUGAUAUGGAGGCAUGCGAAAGAAGAGGGGACAUCAGGAAGGAAUCCUAGAGAAGAUGAUGUUGGCACUGACCUUUGAGGAGGGUGGGCAUUCCCACAGGUAAAACAGAGGGAGGCAUUCCAGGUGGAAGGAUCACAAGAGUAAAUGUCCACUCAGGUUUUCCUCAUAUUACACUAGCUUCUCCCACAAAAAUGGUGGGUUUACUAGGCCUGGAACAGAGAAAGGACAUUGUUCUGAUUCUGGGAUCAGAAUCACCAUCUGAAAUAGCCUUUCUUCUAAAAGUCAGGCAACUAUAGCGUUUGAAAUAGCCUCAGGAUUUGUGCAUAAAUACUGGCUUCUUGCUGGACCCAGUUCAUCCUGUUAUUUCCCCUUUAUCCUUAUUCUGAGGAAAUGUCUAAAUGUGCUCUGGAACUCCAGCUUACCCUUGAUCAACAAGCAUUUAUCAGCCGCUGCACUGCUGCUGAGUUUCAAGAAACCCAAACUUCUCACAGAGUUAUAGAAGCAGAGGGUUGGAGGGUGCCUGGGUGGCUCAGUCAGUUGAGCGCCAGACUUUGGCUCAGGUCAUGAUCUCAUGGUUUGUGGGUUCGAGCCCUGCAUCAGGCUCUGUGCUGACGGCUCGGAGCCCGGAACCUGCUUCGGAUUCUGUGUCUCCCUCUCUCUCUUGCCCCUCCCCUGCUUGUGCUCUCUCUCUCUCUCUCUCUCUCUCAAAAAAUAAAUAAACAUUAAAAAAAAUUUUUUUUAAAAGAAGCAGAGGGUGGGAGUGUCUAUUAGGACCAUCUUAUCUAGAGGUGGGAAACUCAUUAGCUCCAAAUGCAGCCCAUUCCAAAUUCAAAAUGUGCUGCCUCUUAGGGUCCCUUUUCUGUGUAACAAAACUCCACCUCCCUAGAAUAGAGUUUGUAGCUGUGAUUCCAUACCAUGAAUGUUCUUUGCAAUAAUGAUCAUGCCAACUUCAUUAGCAACAAAUGCUAUUGUUUUUGUGAGUAGCUACACAUUUGUUCCAAUAAACAUCUGCGUUGAGUCAAAGAA